AUGGCUCCUUUAACAAUUGCAGUAGGUGAAGCAAAACCUGGUGAAACUGCCCCAAGAAGAAAAGCUGCUCAAAAAGACGGUGCAGUUAUGCGACCAACUGAUUCUAAAGCCACCACCAUGCCAGAAUUUAUUGAUGAAUGUUUCAAAAGAAAUGGUAAUAAAGAUGCUAUGGCUUGGCGUGAUUUAAAAGAUGUCAUUGUUGAAACCAAACAAGUUACAAAAGUUGUUGAUGGUACUCCAACUCAAGUAAAUAAAGAUUGGAUAUAUUAUGAAAUGGGUCCUUAUAAUUAUAUCAAAUAUCCUGAAUUGUUAAAAUUGGUGAAAAAUUAUUCUAAAGGUUUAUUAGAACUUGGAUUAUUACCUGAUCAACAAUCAAAAUUGAUGGUUUUCGCUGGUACUUCACAUAAAUGGAUGCAAACAUUUUUGGCAGCAAGUUUCCAAGGGAUUCCUAUUGUUACUGCUUAUGAUACUUUGGGUGAAUCGGGCUUAACUCAUUCUUUAGUACAAACUGAAUCCGAUGCCAUUUUCACUGAUAAUCAAUUAUUAUCUCAAUUGAUUAAUCCAUUGAAAAAAGCUACUUCAAUUAAAUAUAUUAUUCAUAAUGAAGAAAUUGAUCCUAAUGAUAAAAGACAAAAUGGGAAAUUGUAUGAAAAUGCUAAAUCUGCUAAAGAAAAAAUUUUAAAAAUUAGACCAGAAAUUAAAUUUAUUUCUUAUGAUGAAGUGAUUAAAUCUGGUGCUAAUAAUCAAGAUAAACAAUCAUUACAUUAUCCUAAACCUGAAGAUCCAAUUUGUAUUAUGUACACUUCAGGAUCUACUGGUGAUCCAAAAGGGGUGGUUAUUACUAAUUCGAAUAUUUUGGCAGCUAUUGGAGGGAUUUCUUGUAAUGCCGGUAGAGAUUUAAUUCGUCCUAGUGAUCGAUUAAUUGCAUUUUUACCAUUAGCUCAUAUUUUUGAAUUGGCAUUUGAAUGUAUUACAUUUUGGUGGGGGGUUCCAUUGGGUUAUGCCAAUGUUAAAACUUUAACUGAAGCUUCAUGUAGAAAUUGUCAACCUGAUUUGAUUGAAUUUAAGCCAACAGUAAUGGUUGGUGUUGCUGCUGUUUGGGAAUCAGUUCGUAAAGGAGUAUUAUCAAAAUUAAAACAAGCUUCUCCAUUACAACAAAAAAUUUUUUGGGGUGCUUUUAAAGCUAAAACUACUUUAAAACAUUUUGGAAUCCCUGGUGGUGAUAUGUUUGAUUUUGUUUUCAAAAAAGUUAAAAGUGCCACUGGUGGACAAUUACGUUAUGUUUUAAAUGGUGGUUCACCAAUUUCAGUUGAUGCUCAAGUAUUUAUUAGUACUUUGAUUGCUCCAAUGUUGUUGGGUUAUGGAUUAACUGAAACUUGUGCUAAUGCCGCUAUUUUGGAACAUACUCAUUUCCAAAUUGGUACUUUGGGUACUUUGGUAGGAUCAAUUACUGCUAAAUUGGUUGAUGUUGCUGAUGCUGGUUAUUAUGCUAAAAAUAAUCAAGGAGAAAUUUGGUUGAAAGGUGGUCCAGUAGUUUCUCAAUAUUAUAAAAAUGAAAAGGAAACUAAAGAAGCAUUUACUGAUGAUGGUUGGUUUAAAACUGGUGAUAUUGGUGAAUGGACUAGUGAUGGUGGAUUAAAAAUUAUUGAUCGUAAAAAAAAUCUUGUUAAAACUUUAAAUGGUGAAUAUAUUGCUUUAGAAAAAUUGGAAAGUGUUUAUCGUUCUAAUCAUUUGGUUUUAAAUUUAUGUGUUUAUGCUGAUCAAAGUAAAGUUAAACCAAUUGCUAUUGUUUUACCCAUUGAAAAUAAUUUACGACAAAUGUUGAAAGAUGAAAAAAUCAUUGAUGAUGCUGAAACUAGAGAAUUUGCUCAUUUAGUACAUGAUAAAAAAGUGGUUAAAGCAGUUUUAAAACAUUUAUUGGCUACUGGUAAACAUCAAGGAUUAAAAGGUAUCGAAUUACUUCAAAAUGUGGUAUUAUCAGAUGAUGAAUGGACUCCACAAAAUGGAUUUGUCACUUCAGCUCAAAAAUUACAAAGAAAGAAGAUAUUAGAAAGUUGUAAAAAAGAAGUUGAAGAAGCUUAUAAAGAAUAA